AUGGAGACGUUGGUGCACCGCCGCUUACGGCAGCACAUCCUCUCCUGGGCGCUGGCCGCCGAUCUCCGGCAUGUCUUUGUUGCGGCAGCUUGGCUGGGUCUCCCGCCAAGCGCGCCCGUACGCGUGCUUCGACCACCAUCCAACCGAGCCAACUCAGCCACGGCGUCCCUAGCAAGCUCUCCCACACCACCUUCGUCGCCCGAAGUGGUCAAUCCAGCCAAGCGCUCCUAUCGACGCGCCGCCACCGCACCCGUUGCCGUGCGCUCCCCGGACAUGUUUCGAUCAUGCCCAGCACAACCCAUGCACUCCCCACCCUAUAUUCCCAACACCAACUCUGGCUCGACGCCGUCCCCUCGACGGCCUGUGCUGCUGCCCGACUCACCGCCGCCCAGCAUGAGCCCUCACCCCAAGCGGCCGCGUCUAAGCCCUGCAGCCUCACCUCCCCUAAUGCAAGCCGCAUCAUUACGGCCUGAUUCCCAGCCCGCUUCACCGGCCGAUGCGCACCCACAGACACAUGGCAAUCUGCACCAGGCACACAUGGGUGAGGCAUUGCCAGAGCCUGUCGAACCAGCAGGCAUGCAGCCCGGGGAGACACUACUAGACGCUUCGAAUGAUUCGGCUACGGAUCUUGAACCUCAGGUUGAGUUUUAUGCCACACAGGCGAUGUGA